AUGCCUAUGAACCUCGAAGGCAGCUGCCAAUGCGGCGGCGUACAAUUUGAACUGCAAUCCAACACUCCCGUCCCCUACCAACUCUGCGCAUGUAGCAUCUGUCGCAAAGUCGCUGGCUACAACGGCAGUGUCAACCUUGGCGGGAUAGCCGAUACACUGAAAAUCAAGAAGGGGGAGGAACUUAUCAAGAAAUACAACGCAAUCAAAAACCGCGGCAAAAGAAACGAGGAGACAUGCUCGUCAGAGAGAAGCUUCUGCUCAAAUUGUAGUACAAUGUUGUGGUUGUGGGAUCAUCACUGGCCAGAAUUGAUUCAUCCUUUUGCGCCCGCGAUUGAUACCGAGUUGCCGGUGCCGGACGAGAUGGUUUGUAUUAUGGAUUCGUCCAAGCCGGCCUAUGUACGAUGGCCGGAGGGGAAGAAGACGGUUUACAAGGCGUACGGCAAUGAGAGUUUGGAGGAGUGGCACAAGAAACAUAAUCUUUACUAUAAAUGA